GGCGUAAGCACUCCAACUUCCUCCACUCGAUCAUCAUGAAUCGGUACACAAAGGGCAAGAAGCUGGGUGAAGGGACGUAUGGUAAUGUAUACUCGGCAGUGCAGAAAGCGACGGGUCGUCCGGUGGCCAUCAAAGAGUUCAAGCGCGGCCAGUUCAAGGACGGCGUGAACUUCACAGCCGUACGCGAAGUGAAGCUCCAGACCGAGCUGAAUCACCCGAACGUGACCCGACUCUUGGACGCGUUUGUGUACAACGACACGAUCAAUGUCGUGUUUGAGAUCCUUCCCAAGAACUUGGAAGACGUGAUUAAGGACAAGUCGAUCGUGCUGUCGCGCAGCGACAUCAAAGCGUACAUGCAAAUGCUUUUGCGCGGAGUCGAGCACAUCCACUCGAACUGGAUCUUGCACCGCGAUUUGAAACCCGAAAACCUUUUGAUCGGCGGCGACGGGCAAAUUAAAUUGGCCGAUUUUGGUCUGGCGCGCAUCUACGGCAGUCCGAACCGCAACAUGACGUCGGAGGUGUGCACGAUUUGGUACCGACCGCCGGAACUCCUCUUUGGCGCGAGAGAGUACAGCGGCGCCGUCGAUAUGUGGGGCGUUGGUUGCAUUUUUGCCGAGCUCAUGCUGCGCACUCCCUUCCUCACAGGUCAAAGCGAACUGGACCAACUCGGCAAGAUCUUCCACGCAUUGGGGACUCCCACGGAAGAACAAUGGCCGGGCAUGUCAUCGCUGCCAAACUACUUGGAAUUCACCCCGAAUAAAGCACCGCCUCUUGCGUCGCUCUUCAGCGGCGCUUCCGAAGAUGCGUUGGACCUAUUGCGUCAAUUGCUCUUGUUCAACCCGUCCGAGCGCAUCACGGCAAGUGCUGCCCUCCACCACCCGUACUUCACCAACGACCCGCCCCCGACUGCCCCGGAAAAGCUCCCGUAUCAGCUCGACACUACCUCGUAGCAUCCAAAGUGUACACGUCGACAUAUCCAGCGAAUUUUGAGCACUGCCAUGGACUCGCUUGUCGACGUGCUCCGACGCAUAGACGGAUGAGGCAUGCAUCCAUUCUCUCGCUACAGGUGGCAACAGAGAGACUGGAGUGCGAUUGUGUACAACGUUCCACAGGAUUCACAUGGAGGCAUGUCUUUAGAACAACAUAAAGGAAGCCGGGUUGUUCAGAGCCGUCCAGCUCUUCUCGUACUCGACCCAGUGCGUCCACCCAAGUUCGGUGUACAGUUGAG